CACUGUGCUCACCCCUAGAGCCAAGUCCAAGUUGCUGCUUCCAAGUCUUGAAGAGUAAUGCUAAUUUCCAGGCAACAUUUUCUUUGGAAAAAAUGGCAUGCUGUAUAAGAUUAGCACUCUGUGCUGUUCAUGUUAUAUUUGAAAGUUGUAACUGAUCAAUUAGUCCACAGAGACUAAUGCAAAGAGAGAGAGAGAGAGAGGAAAGGCUAAGCUUUAAAAUAAGGGCGUACGUAAAAUCCGCUGCAGUAAAACUAAUAAUAGGAAUUAAAUUUCACACCAUUGAACCUAUCAACUCAAUUUGGCCUUUCUUUCUUCAAACUAUCUCUCUCUAAUCCCCCCUUUUAUUUUUAUUUUUUUGUUCUUCCCUUCGUGUAACCCAAAAAGAAAUUACCUUCCAUUGCCACCAUAUUUUUCUUUUUUGUUUUUCAAGAAAAUAAAUGAUUUUUCUGAAGAAAACGCAAGAACAGCAGCAUUAGCAUGGCAACCUCAUCAUCAAGACCAAAAGAAAAAUCAUUAUCAUCGCAAUCAUCGAGUGCCGGCAGGCCACCUCAGGCUGUGAAGUUUGCUCGUAGAACGUCCAGCGGCAGGAUUAUGAGCUUGUCACGGGACGAUGAUUUAGAUAUGUCAAAUGAAUUUUCAGGUCAAAAUGACUAUAUCAAUUAUACCGUUAUGAUGCCUCCUACGCCUGAUAACCAGCCUGCAGGACCCUCUUCAGAUAAUAAACCUGAUGGGCCCAGCGCUUACGGAGGAACCAGUCGGUUUGGGCCUGAGACUGCGUCACAGCGAAUGAGCAGAAGGAUAGGAGAAGAGGAAGGUAAUUAUGGUGGUAAUGGUAGCGACGAUGGUGGCAAUAAUAGCUCGAAAUUGGAACGGAGAAUGUCAAUAAUGAAAUCAAAUAAUAAAUCAAUGUUGUUGAGGAGCCAAACGCAGGAUUUUGAUCAUAACAGGUGGUUGUUUGAGACAAAAGGAACAUAUGGGGUUGGAAAUGCAUACUGGACAGAAGAAGACACGUAUGGUCCCGACACAGGAUUGAGUAUGUCAGAUUUUAUGGAUAAACCUUGGAAGCCGCUUACUAGAAAGGUUAAGGUCUCAUCAGCUAUUCUCAGCCCUUACAGGAUACUCAUUGUCAUCCGUAUGGUAGUUCUCUCUUUCUUCCUAGCAUGGCGGGUCCAAAAUCCUAACAGAGAUGCAAUGUGGCUAUGGGGGAUAUCCAUUGUUUGUGAGAUUUGGUUUGCAUUCUCAUGGAUACUAGACAUUCUCCCUAAGCUCAAUCCUAUCAACCGAGCCACUGAUCUAGCUGCUCUUCGCGACAAGUUCGAAAAGCCUUCUCCUUCCAACCCAACUGCCAGGUCAGACCUUCCCGGUGUUGACAUCUUCAUAUCCACCGCCGACCCUGAGAAGGAACCUCCAUUGGUCACUGCCAACACCAUUUUGUCAAUCCUUGCAGUUGACUACCCGGUGGAGAAGGUCUCAGGUUACAUUUCUGAUGACGGUGGCGCCAUACUCACCUUUGAGGCCAUGGCUGAGGCCGUACGCUUUGCUGAGGUUUGGGUGCCAUUUUGUAGAAAACACGACAUCGAGCCAAGAAAUCCUGAUAGUUAUUUCAACCUGAAAACUGAUCCUACCAAGAACAAGAAACGGCCUGAUUUUGUCAAGGACCGUCGCUGGAUCAAGAGGGAGUAUGAUGAGUUCAAGGUGAGGAUUAAUGGUCUUCCUGAAACUAUACGUAGGCGAAGCGAUUCGUAUAACAAAAAGGAGGAGAAAAAGGAGAAAUCACUAGCCCGCGAGAAGAAUGGUGGCAUGUUGCCAGCAGAGGGUGUCACUGUCCCCAAGGCUAGUUGGAUGGCUGAUGGCACCCACUGGCCUGGCACUUGGCUAAAUCCUACAGCUGAUCAUGCAAAGGGAGAUCAUGCUGGCAUCUUGCAGAUAAUGAGUAAGGUCCCGGAAAGUGACCCAGUGCUGGGCCAUCCUGAUGAGAAGAAGUUGGAUUUUACAGGGGUUGAUAUCAGGAUACCAAUGUUUGCAUAUGUCUCACGAGAAAAGAGGCCUGGUUAUGACCAUAACAAGAAAGCAGGAGCCAUGAACGCCAUGGUUAGAGCUUCAGCUAUAUUGUCCAAUGGACCAUUUAUACUCAAUUUGGAUUGUGAUCAUUACAUCUAUAAUUGUCAAGCUAUACGGGAGGGUAUGUGCUUUAUGAUGGAUAGAGGUGGUGAUCGUAUUUGCUACAUCCAAUUUCCACAAAGAUUUGAAGGGAUUGAUCCGUCAGAUAGAUAUGCCAAUCAUAACUUUGUCUUCUUUGAUGGAAGUAUGCGAGCACUUGAUGGUCUUCAAGGUCCAGUUUAUGUAGGAACUGGGUGCAUGUUUAGGAGAUAUGCACUAUAUGGGUUCCUUCCCCCAAGAGCAAAUGAGUAUUCAGGAAUAUUCGGCCAAGAAAAGGCGAAGGCUUCUAGACUUCAGGCUCAAUCUGAUGACGACUCAGAAACACAGCCCCUGACCUCGCAUCCUGACUUGAACCUGCCAAAGAAGUUUGGGAACUCAGUUAUGUUCAAUGAGUCCAUAGCCGUAGCUGAAUACCAAGGACGACCGCUUGCCGAUCAUGUUUCAGUUAAGAAUGGGAGGCCUCCUGGUGCACUGCUCGUGCCCCGUCCUCCACUUGAUGCACCCACUGUUGCAGAGGCAGUUGCUGUCAUCUCCUGCUGGUAUGAGGACAAGACAGAAUGGGGGGAAAAGAUAGGCUGGAUUUAUGGUUCAGUCACAGAAGAUGUGGUGACGGGAUACAGGAUGCACAACCGAGGGUGGCGGUCUAUAUACUGCAUAACAAAGAGAGAUGCCUUCCGCGGCUCAGCACCGAUCAAUCUUACUGAUCGUCUUCACCAGGUGCUUAGAUGGGCCACUGGCUCAGUCGAAAUAUUUUUCUCCAAGAACAAUGCCUUUCUUGCAAGCCGGCGCCUAAAGUUCCUACAACGUAUUGCCUAUCUCAAUGUUGGCAUGUACCCUUUCACUUCCUUCUUCUUGGUGACCUACUGCUUCCUACCAGCACUUUCCCUCAUCUCAGGACACUUCAUUGUUUCAUCCCUCAAUAUUGCUUUCCUUUCUUACCUUCUGAUCAUUACGGUAACACUAACUCUCAUCUCCCUACUUGAAGUAAAAUGGUCAGGAAUAGGGUUAGAGGAGUGGUGGAGAAAUGAGCAGUUUUGGGCAAUUGGAGGCACUAGCGCCCACUUUGUUGCUGUGCUACAAGGGCUUCUAAAGGUAAUAGCUGGUAUUGAGAUUUCUUUCAAGUUAACCUCAAAGUCUGCAGGAGAAGACGAGGAUGAUGCUUUUGCUGAUUUAUAUAUGGUCAAAUGGACUAGUCUCUUCAUAAUGCCUCUAGCAAUCAUACUUUGUAAUAUCAUUGCCAUUGUUAUUGGGGUGUCGAGGACAAUAUACAGUGUUAUACCACAAUGGGGUAAGCUAAUUGGAGGAUGCUUUUUCAGCUUCUGGGUAUUGGCUCACAUGUACCCUUUUAUUAAAGGGUUAUUAGGGAGGAGAGGAAGAGUGCCAACUAUUAUAUAUGUCUGGGCAGGUAUUCUCUCGAUUACAGUGUCUUUGCUCAUGAUAUCAAUUGAUCCCCCUACUGAUAGUUCGAGUUCUUCCGGUGGAAAUCUUCAAGUAUAGUUACCAGGAACUAGAAAUUGAUCUCAAGGCACUAUCAGAUUUUAUAUCCUACAAAAUUUCUUUUUUUAGUGUAAAUUAUGGGUUGUGCUUUGGCUCCCAGGAUAUAAACAGUGAAAAUACUUGUAUUCUAGACACGUAAUGAACCACCCAUCUUUCACUGAGACACUAUGACAAGUACACUGGAAUCAUUUCAUGUAUUUGCCAGUUGAGAACAUAUGCAGCAUCGGACAAUUGGUUCU